AUGGCUUCAAAGGAUAUAUCUCUAGAUGACUUAAAGGAUGUGGUAAGGUGUGAGUUAGACAAGAGAGGUAUUUUAAAUGAAAUUAAAGCCAAGUUAAUGGCUGAGAUCCUUGUUGCAAUUAAUGAUGAGGAGGAUUCUAAACCAUGUAUUCCAAAGGAAAAUAUAAUAAUAAAUUCUCUUAUUUAUGAAUAUUUAAUGCAUAAUGGAUAUUCAAGUAGUAGUUCAGUUUUAUUGUGUGAAUCUGGAAUGAAUAUAAAUUCAGAAGAAAACAAAAGUUUAGAUAAUAUACAAAUUUUAGAUAGGAAUCAACUUUUGAAUAUAUUAUCAAUAAAGUCUGACAAAAAUUUACCUAUAUUAUAUUCAUUAAUAGGAAAAAUUGUAUAA